AUGUCGGCUGAUAACGUUUCUUCCUCUUCUACUCCCAACGGCGCCGCCGUCGCUGGACCAAGCUGCCCUGGCAAGGUACCUAUCGCUCCAUUGGGUGAGCCUCCGGUUCAUCACAAUGAGAGACAUAUCAGGUCUUAUCGCAGGUCUCUCGCAGGCUGCUUCACCUGCCGUCUUAGACGGAAGAAAUGCGAUGAAAGCCGGCCUUCAUGCGGGAUGUGCACCAAGCUGGGUAUCAAAUGCGAGUACAAAGCUCCAAUUUGGUGGUCCACUGGCGAGCAGCGUCGCCGUCAAAAGGACCGCAUCAAGGAUAGAAUCCGUCAGACCAAGGCCAUGGAAAAGCACGGAUCCUUGAAGGAUUACAUGACUCGAAUCCGUGCACUCACUGAAAGAUCUCCCAAGAUGUCGGACAAGGAAUCCAAUCGUCCGAUGAUGGGGGAGGAGUACAAUUGGAAUGCUCCAAUAUCACCGCCUCCUUUCACUCCGUGUAAUAUCAACGUCACUUCUGAGACGUUGUUCAGUCCUGGAUAUCCGCCGUCUUUUCCGGCCAGCUCGCCGUCGAGCAUGUCUUUCAGCCCUGUGAGCUCGUCUCAGGGUCCGAUGUCGAGCCAGAUACAUUCGCAGCUGUCAACUCCGAUGUCAACUCAGGCGCCAUUCCCGGAGCCUGUUCCAAUGGCGCCUCAUAUGCCCAACCAGAUGUCCGCCAAUAUGCAUGUCCCGAUGCAUGACAACCAGAUGUCCGCCCAGAUGCAUAGUGACAUGUCUAUCCCGAUGUAUGACAACCAGAUGUCUGCCCAGGUGCCUACCGAAAUGCCUGUCCCAAUGUAUGACAACCAGAUGUCCACCCAGAUGCAUGCCGAUAUGCCUGUCCCAAUGUAUGACAACCAGAUGCCCGCCCAGGCGCAUACCGACAUGUCUGUCCCGAUGUAUGACACCCAGAUGCCCGCCCAGGCGCAUACCGACAUGUCUGUCCCGAUGUAUGACACCCAGAUGUCUGCCCAGGUGCCCACCGAAAUGCCUGUUCAGAUGCAUGACACCCAGAUGCCUGCCGAGAUGCCCACUCAGGUGGCUACCGAGGUUGCUCCUGAGGCAUCUGCCGAUUUCUCUGCUCAAAUGCCCACACAGGCAUCUACAGAGAUGAGCAUUUCCCAGCUGACUAGCCCCACACCUGCCGAGAUUGCAGCGCAGUUGCCGAUUCAGCUGCAAACUCAGGUGCGGACUCAGAUGCCGAUUAUCAUGCCAGUCCAAGUUCCCACUCCUCGACUUCCCACCGAUGGCUGGUUCGGAAACAGCAUCCCCAACAUCCCCAACAUCCCUACCCUUCCCAGCACGAAUCCGUACCAUAACCGCAACAGCUUCGGCCAGCUCCAGCUCUAUCCCGCGAUAGAUGCCCCCAGUUUUGGCCAUUCCCACGGAUCGUCUCCGGUGCCUCUCCAUUCUAUCAUUGCGCUGGACGAGAAGGACCGUCCGUAUCUCGACCACUUCAUAGACAACCUUCUCGACCUGGGAUUCCCGAUAGUAAGACUCCAUCAUGCUGGACAGCGCCGACUCAACGAGACUUUCAAAAUUAUGCAGUACAACCGCUCCUUCCUACACUGCUGUCUCAGUGUGGCGGCCAUCCAUAUGAAGACUAGUCAAGGACUCGAUGACCAGAUGGACCAUGAAAUCAUGCAGCACCGGUACGAAGCGAUCUCUCUGCUCUGUCAGGCUCUUGCUCGGGGACACAACCCGAUUCAGGUCAUUGAUGCUACCCUCGGCAUGAUCUUCUUCCAUUGCAAGAUCAGCAACACUGACGACUAUCUGCCCAAUAUCCCAUGGCACGCUCACUUUGAGGGAGUAGCCACGUUGGUGAAGAGGCUGGAAAAGUCUCCGUCGCAGUUUAACAUCUCCCUAAUCACCUGGAUCGAUAUCCUUGGGUCUACCAUGAAGGGAACAACGCCUCACUUCGCCCACGCUUAUCGCACCAAGCAUUUGAGUGGCAAGCCGUCAGGACUGCGAGGGCUGAUGGGCUGUGCUGACCGUGUGAUGUACCUCAUCUCAGAGGCUGCCUGUCUCGAAUCUCUUCGGUUGGAUGGUGAAAUUAAUGAUGAGGACUUAUGUGGGCAUGUCGCUGCUCUGAAACGUCAGGUUGAUUUUACUGAGCCAACUGACCAGUCCUUGCAACCCCCAUACGGCCCCCAUGGGGAGAUCAUGGCGGUGCCUUUGACGAAGAGCAUCUCUGCCCUGUUCCGCAUUGCGGUUCGCAUCUAUCUGCACAGCCUCCUGCCAGAGUUCGACCGCUUCGACUUUACCGUGACAUACCUGGUCGCCUCGGUACCGGAUAUUCUGAACCAUAUCCCUGGCGGUUUCAACGGGUAUGAUCGAUGCAUUGUCUGGCCCCUCUUCAUUGUGGGGGCUUACUCGACUCCUGCCUGCCUCUUUCGCCGUGUCCUCACCGAUCGGAUCAGUGCUAUGGGGUACCUAGGAGACUUCGCCAGUUUUGGUCGGAUGUAUCGCGUGCUGAGAGAAAUCUGGCGAUUGGCUGAAGGUCCCCUCACCGAGCCCUCUGAUGAGGAAGAUUCUCCUGGCUCCCCGGAGUCCGUGGACAGCAAUGCCACUAUCCGACCACCAAACCGUCAGACUCAGGAGCCUGUGAGGGAGAACCUCCACUGGCGGGAGGUUAUGAAGCGCAACAAAUGGGAUUUCCUUCUCCUGUAA